AUGGUUAUUGUUUGUAAGGUUAUUGUUUUGUCGGUUCUGUUCUUCUCAACAGCUGAUUUGUUUCCAAUAGAUGAGUGGUCUUACUCUAACAAUGAUGGAAAUCAGUUUGAGCCUGACUCAGCAGUGACAGUGAUACCUCAGACAACGUUAAUUUUCUAUGACACCUAUGAAGACAUAUAUGGAGACAUAUUUAUUUUUGGUGAACCAGCUGAUAUGACAAGUGAAGAUGUUAAAGAAAAGGCAGACUUUGCUGUACAUGAAUAUGGUGCAGUUUCUUCUGACUCCUGCACAUAUACACUGGCUAAGAUAAACUCUGCAGUAAAACAGGAGGUAGAAGCUGUAAGAUAUGGUUUGGAUGUCGAUGUUAAACAGAUCUGCAAGGAAGAUGAGCAGGUAGUCACAUGUAAAUUUGAAGUGAUAGCUGACAAUUAUUAUUACAAUGAUUCAUUGGCAAAACAUAGCUGCGCUAAGUCAAACUGAAAAAAAAUGAUCUACUACUGAAAACUCUCCAUACAUCCGAAACAGAAAUCUUCUUUUGGAGACAGCAUUUCACAAAACAAGGCAUCAAGUUUCCUAUCUUCAGAUUUUGUGAUUUUGAAAUUUAUUAUUGUAAUUUUCUACUUUUUUAACACUUAUCUAAAAAUCACUGACUGUGCUACAAAUGCUUGCUGUUUCUUUUAGGCCAAAGAUUCUUCUAUGAAAAAUGAAUGUCCUCAAUUAAAAGCCUUAUAUCAUUCUUAAAUGUGAUUGUUUCUUUAAAUAUUCCUGAGAAUAAAGAUCACAUCAU